ACAACUGUACAGACAGAAAAGAAUUCUUGCAAGUAAACAAAGAGAGACGGUAGGAAUUGGAAAAGCCGAUUGUGAAUAGCGGAGGUGGGAUUUGGAUCAGCGAUCAAACCAACGGCAACUCCACCGGCCACCGCCGCGCCCGCCCUCCCGUCGCCAUGAUUCACUUUGUGCUUCUCAUUAGCAGACAAGGGAAAGUAAGGUUGACAAAAUGGUAUUCCCCUUAUACUCAAAAGGAAAGAACAAAGGUUAUCCGAGAGUUAAGUGGUUUGAUUCUCAACCGUGGCCCCAAGCUGUGUAAUUUUGUGGAGUGGAGGGGAUAUAAAGUUGUUUACAAAAGGUAUGCUAGCCUCUAUUUCUGCAUGUGUAUUGACCAGGAUGAUAAUGAGUUGGAGAUCCUUGAAAUUAUACACCAUUUUGUCGAGAUACUAGAUCGCUACUUUGGAAGUGUCUGUGAACUGGACUUGAUCUUCAAUUUUCAUAAGGCUUAUUAUAUAUUGGACGAACUCUUGAUUGCCGGUGAACUUCAAGAGUCGAGCAAGAAGACUGUUGCACGUCUGAUAGCUGCACAGGAUUCUCUUGUGGAGGCAGCCAAGGAGCAAGCAAGUUCCUUAAGUAAUAUGAUUGCGCAGGCGACAAAAUGAGGAUUUAGUGGUAUAAAAUGCCAAGUUCACUCCUGUUUUGAAUUCGGUGUUAUUGCAAAUCUGGGGUUUGACCUUUCUUACUCAUUUUGUUCCAGUCUAUAGAGUGGUUUUGAACAAACUAAAGCUUCUGUAUCCAUGAUCCCUGCUCAAUCUGUAUCAUACAAUGUAGUAGUAAUUAGAUUCCCUACUUGAUACUUAUUCUCAACUGGUUGAUUCAUUUUUUCCAGUGUUGCUUAUGUUCCAGAACCUAGACUUGUUUC